CUGCAAAUUGAGGGAGAAAGUGGAAAGUGAUGCACACUUGAAAACAUCUGCAGGAGUCACGUUGCUUCCUUCCCUGGAAAGAAAUCUCCACGCUGAGCAAGAGAGAGGGUAAAGCAAGCCAAGCUAUUAAGUGAAGAUAGACACAGAAAGCAUGGACUGCUGGGGAUCUGGAAAAUUUGGCUAGUACGUUUAAAGAAAUUCCUAAUUUCAGUGAUAAAGUGUGUUAGAGGAAAAGAUUGCACUCAUGUGCUGGAACUUUUCUGUGCAAGCAGAAUUGCUUUGCUUAGCUGGCUGUUGGGAAGCCACAUCAUGGGAUGGGAAGGGGAACGUGUGGCCCGUGCUAUCCUAAAUGUGCCUGAAACAAUCUAUAGCCUAAUUCACACAAUGAACGUGACUUAAAUCUUUUGGGCUAGGGUUAGGUCCAGAGUCUAUUCAAAAUUUGAUUUAGGAGCCUAUUUUCAUCACUAUUGCCAGGGUUCCUGCUUAAACAGUAGCUUGUCUUAGUGAUGGUGUCUUGCUGCUGCUACUGAUGUAUUUUCUUUGACAUUUGGAAUUGGAAUUUCUGGUCAGAGAGCCCAGGGGCAGAAGGCUGAUGAGGUACCAAAAUGUCUUGUGUGGCUUGUUUGCCCUAGCACAACGUGGAGUAUCCUAGAUGUCGGAAGGAGGGGGAGCAGAACCUUGCAGUGACUCUCUGGAAUUUACUUGAUGCAAAUCAGCCAAGUCAUUAUUUACUGGUGCUCCAGAUGAUGCUUUGGAAAGCUAAGCAGGGAAUGAUUGGGAGGAAAGCUCAUCUGCGAACAUCUACUUGCAAGAAGGUCUUCUAUGAAGACAAAAGCAGCCGAUGACUCUCCUGCUACCCUUACCUAUGAUACUCUCAGGUUCGAAUAUGAAGACUUCCCUGAGACCAAAGAACCCGUUUGGAUCCUCGGCCGGAAAUACAGUGUUUUUACAGAGAAAGAAGAGAUCCUGUUGGAUGUGACCUCUCGGCUUUGGUUCACCUACAGAAAGAACUUCCCUGCUAUCGGAGGAACCGGUCCCACAUCUGAUACUGGCUGGGGCUGUAUGUUGCGGUGUGGCCAGAUGAUCUUUGCUCAGGCCUUGGUCUGUCGGCAUUUGGGAAGAGACUGGAGGUGGAUAAAAGGGAAGAGGCAGAUGGAUAAUUACUUCAGUGUUCUUAAUGCCUUCAUUGACAAAAAAGACAGCUACUACUCCAUUCACCAGAUAGCCCAGAUGGGAGUUGGAGAGGGAAAAUCCAUAGGUCAGUGGUAUGGACCAAACACAGUCGCACAAGUGCUCAAAAAACUUGCAACUUUUGAUACAUGGAGCUCACUGGCAGUCCAUAUAGCCAUGGACAACACAGUAGUGAUGGAAGAAAUCCGGCGGUUGUGCCAGUCCAACUUCCCGUGUGCUGGAGCUGCAGCAUGCCCUGCUUUGGAGUCAGACGUACUCUAUAAUGGGUACCCAGAGGAAGCGGGGGUUAGAGAUAGGCUCUCCCUGUGGAAACCAUUGGUGCUGCUGAUACCUCUCCGCCUUGGGCUCACAGAGAUCAAUGAAGCCUAUAUUGAAACACUAAAGCACUGCUUCAUGAUGCCCCAGUCGCUGGGAGUGAUCGGAGGGAAACCAAACAGUGCUCACUACUUCAUUGGCUAUGUAGGUGAAGAACUCAUUUACCUGGAUCCCCACACUACACAGCCUGCAGUGGAGCCCAACGACAGCGGCUGUCUCCCUGACGAAAGCUUCCACUGCCAGCACCCUCCCUGCAGGAUGAGCAUUGCCGAGCUCGACCCCUCCAUCGCAGUGGGCUUUUUCUGCAACACCGAGGAGGACUUUAACGAUUGGUGCCAGCAAAUCAAAAAGCUGUCCCUGGUAAGAGGAGCGCUGCCAAUGUUCGAACUGGUUGAACGCCAGCCGUCGCAUUUCUCCAACCCCGACGUCCUGAAUCUCACACCAGACUCCUCUGACGCUGACAGAUUGGAAAGGUUCUUUGACUCGGAAGAUGAAGACUUUGAAAUCCUAUCCCUUUGAAAUCAAAUAGGAAACUGACUCUGCAAAUUUGUGUUAUGUGUGGGGAGAAGGGGGGGAGGGAAGCUCCUUCGAGAGCCUGGGGCUACCGGUUUUCAUAGGCGCUUGCUGCCAUCCCCGCCUCUUGUCCAUCCUGGCAUUCUGUGCAGCCUCGGAGCAGAGCGUGCGUUGUCUGCGUUGGGACGAAGAACCAAGUGGGUCUUACAGCCUCACUGGCUGAGUUGGAAUUUCUCAGCAGAAAACAGUUGCUGGAAGUGGAUGCAGUGGUGCUUGGGAGUUCAAAGCCCGUCUGUUACAUCGGCAGGGCGGUUGGCCUGGGGGAGGCACAGGAAUGGUUAGAGCACUAAAUCCUUACCUGACGACUCCCCUCUGCAGCUUAACUAAAGCCGCCCGUCAUUUAGCAGGUGAAAUGUGCAGUUAAUUCCUUUAGCAGCUUCUCUGCUUGCUGGCCAACUUGGACUGCAGCUCACAACGCAAAUGAACAGCAGACACAUCCCAGUGAGAUGGCUGUGAAGCCCCUGGAGUCCAAGAGGCCGGGCCUCCUACGGUCCAACUCCUGUUCGUGCUUUGUGGUACACAGCGCUUCCUCGCAGGUGUAGUACCCCUCUCCUGCUCGCAUCCUAUGAGAAGGAAGUCGAGGGAACUUAUAAAUGACUGGUUAAUUCAAUAAGCUGGCUGGGAAAGUGUGGAAUGGACCCAUGCUGCUGGGGAGAACCAUCUCAAUCUCAGGUUAAACAACAGCAGAAAGAAGGGAAGGAGAGUAGAAAAUAUGUGUGUUCUUGCUCGGUGAGUCAAUAAAGCAUUGUGCUUCUAUGAUGGAUUGAUCUCUACAGCAAGUAUCUUCAGGAAAGCUGCUUCGAACAGAGAACUGGAUUCUGUAGCCCUGGUGUGUGGGGGGGAAAAGAAGUCCACAGCUGGGAGAGGUGAAACAGGACAACUGAGAUCUGGCAGUCAUGUGCUGGCAUGGUGUCCAGGGAAUUAAUCCUGUUGGUACCAAAAAUGUGAGCUAUCAAAUUCCUUGAGGUAUUCUCGAUGGGUUGUUCAGCAGUUCCUCCACCUACUCCUGGUUCCCUCUCCAAAUUGGAAAACGUGCCUGAAGGUCAAGUACGCUUCCUGGCUGCGUCGGUACUUUUUCUUCUGCCGGCUCCCCCUCCCUGCAGAGCACGCACAAAGGUACUGUAGGAGCUAACCUGGGGAAACCCCUUUCAAGUCAUCAUCCCAAAGAGGGCCGUGAAGACAAGGAUGCCUCGCGAAGGUCCAAUUAUACUGGAAAUUGUAGCUACUUUAGGAUGAUAGCUCUGCCCGGGGCCCUUCUCUGCACAGAAUCCAGAAAAGGGUAACCCAUGGAGGAGAGUCGUCUCACCGCAAACUGCAGCAGAAGUUGCUGAUGUAGUUUCCGUAGUGCAUGCUGCAGAUUGCAGACCUGUUUACACGGCUUUGUUUUGUCCGUUGAGGAUUGGAACCUGUCAGUUGAUGCUUUUAUGCCCGAGGGUGCUGAGAGCUGCCUAGAAAUGACCUAUUUCCCCCACGACUGACCUACUGAUGCUCUAACUGUCCCUGUGCUAUUCAAAAGCAGAGGUUUGAACUGGGAACCACAAUGCUUCUGUCACUAAAUUAUUAUUUGCUGCUUUCUGCCUGCUUCUCCUCUUCUCUCUUGUAGUUAGGGGAAGAGGCAGCAGAGGAAGUGGGGCUGUGCUCCAUUCAUCUGCUUUCAAUUUGUAUCUGAAUAAACAGAUCUAAAAUCUU